AGAACAUGAAAUGUUUCUGUAGGACCACCAGUGCUGAAAGCUCCUGGAAGUCUUUGCACGCUGGCUACACGGCUCUACUUUAGUCUGAAAACACCUCCACAGUAUAACUCCAACCAGCCAAUGUAAAGGAUGAUAGGAGAGAAGCUGUUAUUUCCCAUAAUAAUAAUAAUGUCUGUGCUGAGUUUGUCAAAUGGACAGCACUUGACAGAGGAGUCCUGCACUGUUCAGAUCCUUGUCCCCGGACUCAAAGGAGAACCUGGAGAAAAGGGUCAAAAAGGCGCACCGGGGAGACCAGGAAGAGUCGGCCCACCGGGAGGGAUUGGUCAAACUGGAAUUAAAGGUCAGAAAGGCAUAAUGGGACAUUAUGGGAAAAUGGGCCCAAGUGGAAUGAAAGGGGUAAAAGGAGCCAUGGGGGAUCCAGGUACAAAGGGCCCUAAUGGAGAUCCAGGAGUUCCAUAUGAGUGCACACCAAUGAGAACGAUGAUUGGAGAAAUGGACAUUCUUGUGGCACAGCUCUCCUCUGAACUGAAAUUCAUCAAAAAUGCACUGCCCUCCCCUGCAGCUGUUGCUGGCGUAAAAGAGACAGAGAGUAAGGUCUAUCUGUUGGUCAAAGAGGAGAAACGCUACUCCGACGCUGAGGGCUACUGUCAGACCAGGGGAGGGCACCUGGCCAUGCCCAGAGACGAGGGCGCCAACGCGGUCAUUGCAGACUACAUAACCCAAGCGGGCCUGAGCAGAGUCUACAUUGGCAUCGACGACCUUCACCGCGAGGGCUCUUUCACCUACGUGGAUCUCUCUGCCAUGACCACCUUCAGCAAAUGGAGAAAGGGGGAGCCCAACAAUGCCUAUGACGACGAGGACUGCGCUGAGAUGGUGGCCUCUGGGGAGUGGACUGACGUGGCGUGCCACCCCACCAUGUAUUUUGUUUGUGAAUUCGACAAGGAGAAUGCCUGAGUUCAGUUUACUGAUGGCAAAGCAAAGGUUAUAUUGAAAAGUGUAAAUGCUCCCUUGUUUACUUUUCCUGAUAAGAUAUUUAUUGUUUACUCACUAUAAGGCCAUUCUUUCUAUGAGAAUUUACUCAUUUCAAGUGCACCCUCAAUCUCAUACUCUGUGAUUCAUUAACGUUUCAUUGUGUUGAGUUUUAUGUCCAAAGAUAAAUAUUAAUAAUAGCAAGCAGGGCCAUCAACAAACGAGACAAAUAAGCAAAUGUAGACGGAUGUUUGUGCAUAAAAUAUGAAAUUAAAG